AUGAAACACUGGCCUUUGUAUGCCUUGAGCCUCCUGGUCCUGGCCAGUUGUGUGGAUAGAGCCACGCCCUCCCUGUUGGCCCUCAAGAAGAAGCUUCUGUUCGGCGGAGGCGGCGGCGGCGGUUGGGGAGGAGGCGGUGGCGGCGGAUUCGGCUGGGGUGGCGGCGGAGGAGGCGGUUACCAGGGCGGUGGAGGCGGCUAUCACGGCGGCGGCGGCGGUUACAACGGCGGAGGAGGAUAUCAUGGCGGCGGUGGAGGUGGAAACUAUGGCGGUGGUGGAGGAGGAUAUCAUGGCGGCGGUGGUGGCGGAAAAACCAUUGACAUCUACGUCGUGAAACCUGUCUACAGCAGCGGAGGAGGUGGUGGCCACAGAUGGGGCGGCGGUGGAGGAGGCGGCUAUGGAGGCGGCGGAGGCGGACCCCAGUGGGGCGGCGGCGGCGGAGGAGGAGGCGGUGCCGGAUCCUGGGCCAGUAGUAGUGCCAAUAGCUGGGCAGGAGCCGGAGGUGUUGGAGGAGGCAGUGGUGCCUAUGCCAAGGCCUCAGCCAAUGCCUAUGCAGGAUCUUGGUAG